AUGGUCACAACCCAGUGUCUAGCCAGAGCCUCAAUCCGAUCCUCGCGCUGUAUGGGAUCCGCUGCGAGGCUCGCCUCGUCAACCCCGCUGAUACAGGUUCGUCACAAGUCGGGGCCCUAUGGCUAUACGCAGGCCAAAUCGCUGGUUUUCAGUCAGUAUGGCGAGCCAAAAGAGGUUCUGAGAUUACACUCCCAUUCCAUCUCUCCACAGCUUCCCUCCUCGUCCGUACUCCUGCGAACACUCGCAGCUUCCAUAAACCCGGCCGAUGUGAACACGAUUCAGGGCACGUACGGCGUGAAACCAACCUUUAGCCCCCUGGUUGGAACGACUGAGCCGUCUGUUAUCCCUGGAAACGAGGGCGUUUUUGAGGUGGUCACAUCGUCGGCCACCGGCUUGCAGAAAGGCGAUUGGGUUAUACCCGCAAAGACUGGAUUCGGCACGUGGCGGACACAUGCUGUAUCACCAGCAGAUGGUGUGAUCAAGGUCGAAAAGCAUGGCCUGAAACCCAUCCAUGCUGGAACUGUCAGCGUAAAUCCAUGUUCGGCCUACAGAAUGCUGCGAGACUACGCGGACCCCCCGUUGAGGGAGGGCGAUUGGUUCAUACAGAACGGCGCCAACAGCGGUGUUGGACGAGCUGCUAUACAACUAGGGCGCCUGUGGGGAUACCAGAGCAUCAAUGUCAUUCGCGCACGGGGGAGCCCGGAGGAAACGCAAAAGCUCAAGGACGAGCUGCUGGCACUUGGAGCAACCAAAGUUGUGACAGACGAGGAGUUCCUGGCCAAAGAAUUUAAGGAAGAAGUCGCGGAAUGGACCAGGGGAGGACGCGAAGGGAUCCGACUAGGUAUGAACUGCGUUGGAGGUAAAUCUGCGCAAACGAUUGCGAAGAGCCUCGGUAUAAGCGGGACUAUGGUCACAUAUGGCGCAAUGGGGAGACAGCCAGUCGCGUUGCCCAACGCGUUAUUGAUCUUCAAGGACAUUCGCUUUGUGGGAUUCUGGCUGAGCCGGUGGGCGGAUCGAGACACCAGGUCGAAGGAGAGGACCGUGAAUGAGAUUCUGGGCUGGAUCAGGGAGGGCAAGUUCAAGGAUACUCCUGUCGUGGAUGUCCCGUGGAACUGGGAGACUGAGGAAGAGACCUUGAAGGAGGCCGUCCAAGGCACGCUGCAGGGCUUUAGAGCUGGUAAAGGGGUUUUCGUCUUUGGUGAGACGUAA